AUGAUGUAUUCCAAAGCUGGUAAAAUUUCAAUUGAGCUAUUUCCCUGGAUACAACAGAGAGACGCAAUUAUCAAUGGGGAGAAAAAAAAAACAUAUGAAAUUUCAAUUUUUGAUGAUAUUCCCCACAGUAAAAGACCUUACAAAAGUUUCAAAGAAAAUGCUAAACUAUCUCCAAGAGAAACCUCUCAACUCAAAGUUUAACCCUUUUCUAAAUAAGUGGGAAGGGUGGAAUCCAAAAAAGAGUUGGAUAGAUAUGGAUUUUAUAAUCCCAAAUAUCAUUUAGUGCAGAAAAAGUCACCUUUAACUGAUGGACCUGAUCAUUUUAGAUAAAUAAAUAGUGAUCGAUCUUUAUCCUCAAAAACUAUUAAAAGAUCUAUUAAACUACAGAAACCCACUUUGAAACAUAAUUGCGAUACUAGUAAAGAAUAUUUAGAGAAAAAAUAACUGUAAGAAGAAAGGAAACUCAGAGCCUAAGAAUAUUAACCAGACCUUAAUAGAUUCCCUUUGCCCGAGGGACCUAAUGAGCAUAGAUUUGAAUACCAACAAUACCCUUAAUCUUAAUACAAUAGAUCGCCAAAUCCAAUCAUUAGACCACGAUCUAGUUCUUCUAAAUUGAAGUUUAAAGAAGUAAAAAUAUAAUUUGAUAAAAUGGUAGUAAAAGAAUGGUUAAAUUUAUGAUCUCAAUUACACCGUCAUCUAUCCUAAAUCAGAUAAGAUGAUACCAGUAUUAGAUAAAUUGACACCCAGGUAACCCUUCAAUAGUGAUAAGCCUGUUUAUACAUUUCAUGAGACACUCUCUGAUGAUACUCCAAAGAAACGAAAUAGUCCCCAAUCAUUUAAGUUGGAUUAGCAGAUUUCUAGAGAGAAAGCUAUGAGUUACUAUUCCUCUAUAAGAAGACUUUAUUAUUUAUGA